AUGGUUUCUCAUCUUACAGAUCCAACCUUUUAUCAAGAAAGAGCUAUAUUAGCCCCCACAUUAGAAUCAGUUGAAAAAGUCAAUCAAUAUAUUUUAUCUUGCAUUGAAGGGGAAGAAAAAGAAUAUCUGAGUUGUGAUUCUGCUUGCAAGUCUGAUGAGGACAAUGAUGUUGAAGCUGCAUGGUUAACCCCGGAGUUUCUACAUGAAGUAAAACGUUCUGGAAUUCCAAAUCACAAAUUGGUGUUGAAGGAAGGGGUGUCUGUCAUGCUUCUAAGAAACUUAGACCAAUCCUUUGGAUUAUGUAAUGGAAUUAGACUUUUAAUAGAGGAUUUGUGCCCAAAUGUGAUCGGUGCGACUGUUGUGAGUGGAAAAAAUUCCGGAAAAAAAGUUUACAUUGGUAGAAUGAGUUUGAUUCCACAAGUCUCUGGUCUUCCAUUCAAAUUUGAAAGGCGACAGUUUCCAUUGGCUGUUUGUUACACAAUGACCAUCAACAAGAGUCAAGGGCAGUCUUUGAGCCAUGUUGGAUUAUACCUUCCUAGACCAGUAUUCACUCAUGGUCAGUUCUACGUAGCAGUAUCAAGAGUCAAAAGUAGAAAAGGGUUAAAAAUCCUAAUACCGGAUGAUGAAGGAGAAAUUAGCACUUCAACAACAAAUGUUCUCUAUUGGGAGGUCUUUGAAAAUAUUUGA